AUGGCUAAACCAGGACCAGCUGUGCCCUCUAAAAUAAGGGAAAGCACAAGGUUUUACCCUUAUUUCAAGGAUUGCAUCGGAGCUAUUGAUGGUACACAUAUUCCGGCAAUGGUGAGGGGACGGGAUGUAAGCAGUUAUCGUAAUCGUCAUGGAAAUAUAUCACAAAAUGUAUUAGCAGCUUGUAACUUUGAUUUGGAAAUCAUGUACGUUCUUAGCGGUUGGGAGGGUUCAGCUCAUGAUUCCAAGCUACUAAGUGAUGCUUUAUCAAGGAGGAAUGGACUUAAAGUUGCCCAAGACGAAUCUUCAUCUUCAGUAUUACCAGUUAAUGAAGAAGAUAAUUUUGAACCUAUUGUUCAAACCCAAGAGCAGCAACGAGAAGAUGCUAAUGCGUGGAGGGCUAGCAUAGCUUUAGAUAUGUGGAGAAAUUGCUACUUAGGAGGACAUGAAGCUACAUCAAAUUGGCUAUUAAAAGAUUGGAAAAAUUGUAUUGGGUUUUACUUUUCUUUAUUAAAAUUAUCAUUUCUUUGUUAUUGA